GACAUUUUCAUCCUACGACUUUUCAAACAAAUCAUGGUUUCCUCAAUCUCCAUAUCCACAACAAAACAUCUCCUUCAUCAACGGUUUCAUUCUACCAAAUAGUUUUAUGGGUCUCGUUUCAAUCUCUAUACGAACACAUUUCUUAGCGUUUAACGCCUUUCCAUCCGACGUCCCACAUCCCCUUCCCCACGCCACAAUGACUUCUCAUAGACGUCGCGUUUUGGUCACUUUCGCAACAUUAAUCACGGCCAUAGUACAAAAAAUCCUUAAAAGAAUGCAUAUUCCCACAACGCCGAUAGGGGAAAAAGCGAAAAUUUUGUAUGUGAUCGAACAUAAUUUGCUAGCGAUCCUCUCGUUUUUCGAUGAUCAUAUUAUGGUGAUCGAGAAUCUGACGGAGAACGUUUUCCCAUCAUCAACGCGUGUGUUUGACAAGAUAGAUGACAUGGUUAAAGCCUCGGAAUGUUUACCUAAAAAACUUGAUGAAUUUUUUGAUAAUGAUGUGCCGACUUUCAUUCAACGCGUACCUUUUCUUAAUCGCGUUAUUAAAAAGGACGAUAAGGAAAUCGUGAUUGAUAUCACGUGUCACGGGUAUAGAGAGGAGCAAGAAAACUCCUUUGAAUAUGAAAAUGUGGCGAAACCAGACCUUAAAGAGGAAACAUCUAGUAAAGAUGACUCGACGAAUACUUCAAAACCGGUUGGUAACUCGAGUCUCAAGGACGUUAUUGACGACAUGAACAAAGAAAACGAAACCAUGGAAGAUGCCAAUGGCGAGUUUCUUUAUAGUGCACGAGCAAAUAGCAGCGCCGAUGAUAUCCAUCAAUCCGAAGACCAAGAUCAAGAGGAUCCCAUCUUCGACUUAUUCGAAGCGGGUUGGCACAUGUCUCCGCGGGCCAUCUCUACCUCAUCUGUCAGCAUGAAAUCCCCUGACCGCGUCAUGUAAUCGUUCGUAAUCUUAGUUUUGGACCGGAGAUCUUUAGUGUUGUGACCCAAAAUCGCAAUAAUCAGCUUUUAAUAUUUAGAGAAACGAAUAUUUCUGAUAGU